CGCGACGGAGAGCGCGGCGAGGACGCUUGCAGGAGCGGACGCGUUAAAGCGAAGUGGGCUGCGCGUGUUUCAUUUUGUCGAGGGCUAAGAGAGAAGAAUUGUCUUCAAGUAAAAACCGGAGUGAGCACUCCCCAUUUUAGUCAAGGCCAAGCGGAAGGACAGACUGUUGGGCUCACCAGUGAAGCAAUCCCGCCAUGCGUGAAUACAAGCUAGUGGUUUUAGGCUCUGGAGGUGUGGGCAAGUCCGCUUUGACAGUUCAGUUUGUACAGGGAAUCUUUGUGGAAAAAUAUGACCCUACAAUAGAAGACUCGUACAGAAAGCAAGUGGAGGUAGACGGGCAGCAAUGUAUGCUUGAAAUUCUCGACACAGCCGGCACAGAACAGUUCACAGCAAUGAGGGACUUGUACAUGAAAAACGGCCAAGGCUUCGCUCUGGUAUACUCCAUCACAGCACAGUCUACCUUCAAUGACCUCCAAGACCUGAGAGAACAAAUUCUACGAGUAAAGGACACAGAGGAUGUGCCGAUGAUUCUUGUAGGGAACAAGUGCGACUUGGAAGACGAACGCGUUGUGGGGAAGGAACAGGGCCAGAACCUGGCCAGACAGUGGAACAACUGUGCCUUUUUAGAGUCCUCUGCUAAGUCAAAGAUCAACGUCCUUGAUAUCUUCUAUGACCUGGUCAGACAGAUAAAUAGGAAAACACCAGUGGAAAAGAGGAAGGCAAAAAAGAAAUCCAACUGUGUCCUGCUUUAAAGCCCCCCUCGGCCCCUGCAGCAGCUCUGAGCCAGAAAUGCUGUAAUGAAGAACUGUUGCCCUGAUUGGAACGUGCCAGCAUUCCAACAGCCCCGCCCCAGUCCCCCUCCCUCCAUCAGCCAUAAACGGUGAAUCAGUUGACUGAACUGCUCCCAUCAAAGCCAAGGAUGACCUACAACAGAGUAAAGAAAAAGACAGAGAGGGGGAGAGAAGAAAGAAGACCCUUGUCUCUCGACUGUGAGGACGUCCCUUUGUGUCUUGGUGUGAACCCUGAACGGACAGCCUCCACUUCUGCAUCAAACAGCGCCACAAACUGAUGAUGUAAAAACGCAGCAGAACCUCUGAAAGUUAAUGGAAAAAAAAAAAAAAAAAAACAGCAAAGUUGUCCAUGAGCCCCUUAUUUUCAUUUCUGACAAUGACGGUUGUUGAGAAGGAAGUCAAAGUUAGUACUUGGAUUCAGUAUUUUUCAUCUUAUUUUCAAUAUCAAUAUUGUAUUUGAAAGACAUGGAAGAUGAUCUCUUUAGUUGUAUGAUUAUAAAUAUUCUUCAGAAACAAGCAUGAAAAAAAGAUGCAUCAGUUAUUACGUGUAGAUGUUCAAGUGAAAUCAAGUGGAAAAGUGAGAAUUUUUUUAUAGCCAUACACCUAUUCUCCAUGCCUGUCAUGUUGGUGAUACUAGAUCAAGGUCCAUAAUAUGUAUUAUUAUUUUUUAAUAUUAUACCUUUUUUUUUUCUUUGUUCGCCCUGUUGUUCAUGGACUUCUCUUCUGCAAAUAUCUCUCUCUGAUGUGACUUAAUUUUAUACUCGGUCACUGGGAUUUCAUAGCUCCCAUAAUAUAUUCUGAUGCCAUUUUUUUUGCAUAAUAAUGCGCCAGAAAAAUGGGUCUUUUAUAGAAGAAAUAUGGGGAAAAAUAAGAAUUGAUUUCUAUGUCUCUUGAAGCUGAAAUAUAUUAUACUAAACCAACUCUAAUGCUUCUGUGUUUUUUUGUCGACAAUGUUCCAGCUUUUAUGGAUGAUUAAAAUACAUUUUAGUACAUUUU